AUGGCACGCCGGAUGCACAUGUACCUUAACUUGGAUACGUUACCUCACCCAUCCGAGGUCACCACGAAUCUGAGCAGGCCCGCAGGUGCAGACUUGCGAGUCGUACCUUACCCGACUGCAGUUGGCUGCGAAUGGGAAAGUGCCGUCGGGGCAAACGGGGACCCGACAACAAGCAACCCCGAGCAGGAGCAGCAGUAG